AUGUCUGCCAUACUGUCAAAUCAAAGACUUGCAGUAGCCAAGACUGCAUUCACGCUGGAAAACGAGGCCUACGGUUCUUCGUCUUCAAGAGCAAAGGAUCAAGAGUCGCUACAGCAAGCAUCAGACUCGUCUGACGCAGCAACCAAAGACGGUGAUGACGAUGCUGAUGGUCAACCCGGGGAGAGGAUAGGCCCGUACCGAAGCUGCCAAUACGUAGCCAGCGGCGUCACAGCCGAGGUCUACCGGUACAAAGACCGUGCCCUCAAAGUCAUCACGGAGACCCACGGCGUUGAGCCUCACAAUCCCAUCCGGGAAGCCAAGAUCCUCGCCCAGCUGAAGAAACCAUGUAUCCCCCUCAUCGAGACCUUCCGCGACCACGAGGACCGCUUCACCCUCGUCUUCCCCUACAUGCCCCUGACCUUGUCCGCCCUCCUCGAGCGUGGUUCUCUCACCAAUGCACAAAUGCGGUCGAUUUUCAGAGACGUAUUCCAGGCUCUCGCGGAUAUCCACAGCAAGGGAAUCAUCCACCGCGACGUGAAGCCACAGGCUAUCCUCCUCGAGUCGCCAGACGGCCCGGCCUAUCUCUCUGACUUCGGCACCGCGUGGCACCCGGAUCUGUCCGCCGCCAACGAGCCCGCUGACGCCAAGAUCCUCGACAUCGGCACCGGGCCCUACCGCGCACCCGAGGUCCUGUUCGGGGACAAGUUGUACGGCCUGCCGGUGGAUAUGUGGGCCGCGGGCUGCAUGCUGGCGGAAUGCGUCCGGCGCCCGCCCAAGCCGCUGUUCGAGUCGCGCGCCGUUCAUGAGGAUGGGAACCAGUUGGGACUCAUACUGAGCAUCUUCAAGACCAUCGGCACGCCUACGAGGGAGACCUGGCCUGAGGCUGCCAGUUUCAGGACGCCUCCCUUUGAUAUCUACCGAGUGUUUGAGGGCAAGCCAUGGGAGGAGAUUCUUAGCGGUGUGGACGAGGGCUGGACGGACAUGAUCGCAGCGCUGGUGAGAUAUGACUCGAAGAGGAUGACGGCAGAACAGGCGUUGGAGUGUCCAGACUUGAAAGGAGAUACGGCAGCUCUGGAGGCUUUGCAAGAACACACGACGCGCCGCAUGAAGAGUUUGCUUCACAUGCACGAAGUAUUGGACAAGGAAAUUGCGAACAGGAAACUUGAAUCCCGUUUCAUGACUUCAAUUACCGUCGAGGGCGAUAGUAGACCAAUAGAGGUUCUCUUCAACACCCAUGACUUGGAGCCUCUCACCGCACUUCUCGGAGCCCAGGACACCACUUCGGAAGCGGUCGGCGGGCGUUCAGAGAGUGAUCGCCGCCAUAGCAUCGCAAAACUUUGUCUUGCUUGGAUUAGUGAGACCCGAGAGGCUGCGAGGCUGUCUCGCACCGACGGGACAACAAGACCGACGUCGGUCGAGCAGAGGACUCUGGACGAAGUGGACGUCAUAAUCGACAUUGAAGGUACAGAAACCGGCUCUAUCACGUUCCAAGAUGUCGAGGCCCUCGAAAAUGAGAUGGAAGAAUUUAUCUAG